GCCGUGUCUGCUACUAAAUAGGUUGUUCGCGAUAAGGGUGAACGACGUAGGAUAACAAGGACCCUUAGCAACAACAUAAUUUCUCCGUUCGACCGCUUUUGAACGAUCUCAAAAUGUGGUACGAAGCCCUUCCGUCGGCCAUCAUUGUGUACGUGCUGUUGAAUAUACCCGACAGGAUCAACUCGCUGUCCAACAAACUGGUCUACAAAAACGUUUACAGACGUGAUAUUGGUCAACCGUGGCUUCAAAGAUAUUAUUGUAGAGACUGGGAAAUGACUGGUGAUCCUUAUAAAGCACAGGGUCUUGAAAGUUUAUCUGAUAAACCUACAGUUACUGGAAUCGAUUGGACAAAAUAUGGUGUAGGACCAAAUCAUACAUUUUAUGGUACCAAAUUGUAAUAUUAUACUGUCAUACAUUUAAAAACACAACUGUAGCUAAUUAUCAAUAUGUUAACAACAAAUGUAGUGCCUACUGGCUGUGUACAAUUUACAAAUAGUUUUAUAAAAACCUUGUUAAUAUAAAAUAUCUUUCUAAUUAUUAUCUAA